GUUUAGUUUGGUGAGUUAAGGGGGCACACCUUAGCUCAGGGUCUGCCUUUCCUGGUACCUUGGGGCUUUGGUCCUUUGUCGCCGUCUCCGUUUGGGUUUUUUUCCUUUCCAUUUCAGACACCACUUCGCUCUCUUCAGAUUGUUGGGCUCACGGGCCGACCCGCGGUGGUCAAGUCUAAGAGAGUGAAUCUGCCGAGGUAGCUAUCCCGCUGGGAGGGGGCGGUUGCCACCGCUACGGCAGAGUUCCGUAACCCAACCCAAUCUCUGAGGAGGCCCGGAACUGAGGCAGGACGCCCUCCCAUUCCUGUCGACCUACCAAGAUUCAUCAGCAGGCCUCUUUUCUUUUUCCGCAGAGACAGUGCUGAGGUAGGAUCAUGAAAGAAGAGGUGAAGGGAAUACCUGUAAGAGUGGCACUGCGUUGUCGCCCUCUGGUCCCCAAAGAAAUUAGUGAGGGCUGCCAGACGUGCCUUUCCUUCGUACCAGGGGAGCCGCAGGUGGUGGUUGGUACUGAUAAAUCCUUUACCUACGACUUUGUGUUUGACCCUUCUACUGAGCAGGAAGAAGUCUUCAAUACAGCAGUAGCGCCACUCAUAAAAGGCGUAUUUAAAGGAUACAAUGCAACUGUCUUGGCCUAUGGGCAGACUGGCUCUGGGAAAACCUACUCAAUGGGAGGUGCAUACACUGCUGCACAAGAGAAUGAACCAACAGUUGGGGUCAUUCCUAGGGUAAUACAACUGCUUUUCAGAGAAGUUGAUAAAAAAAGUGACUUUGAAUUUACUCUGAAAGUGUCUUAUUUGGAGAUCUACAAUGAAGAAAUCUUGGAUCUUCUAUGCCCAUCUCGUGAAAAAGCCUCUCAAAUAAAUAUACGGGAAGACCCUAAAGAAGGCAUAAAGAUUGUGGGACUCACUGAGAAGAUGGUUUUAGUUGCACAGGAUACUGUUUCCUGUUUGGAGCAGGGCAACAACUGUAGGACUGUGGCGUCCACAGCUAUGAAUUCCCAGUCGUCUCGAUCUCAUGCCAUCUUUACAAUUUCCAUAGAGCAAAGAAAGAAAAGUGACAAGAAUAGCAGCUUUCGCUCCAAGCUGCAUCUUGUAGACCUUGCUGGAUCAGAAAGGCAGAAGAAAACCAAGGCUGAAGGAGAUCGUCUAAAAGAGGGUGAGAGAGUAAUUAAGGCCACAGUUUUAGAUAAAACCCUCUAAUACUCUUACUAAUGUCUUGACUGGAAUAUUUCAGAUCACAUUCCAACAGUAGCUACAAUUCCAGUUUGAGGCUGAUUUCAGAAAAGUGAAAAAUUGUUUCUUUCCCUUGCACUCAUUCUCUAAUUCAGGUAUGAAAUUUGGAUCUGGCCCUUGGUUUGAUUUCGUCUGGUCCAGGCAAGUUUUAGUUUUUGUUUUGUUUUGUUUUACCCCCAUCUACUUAUAAUUAAAAUCAGUAUCUUUAUUCUGUCAUCUCAAGUAUUCACUAUCCCUCCCAGAUGUUGUCACUUAUAAACCUUAUCAGCAUGAUUUCCAUAUAUCUUCUUUCAAG